GACCGGCAGAAGCGCUGGCAGUGCCGCAUGUGUGAGAAGUCCUACACCUCCAAGUACAACCUGGUGACGCACAUCUUGGGCCACAACGGCAUCAAGCCACACUCCUGCCCGCACUGCAGCAAGCUGUUCAAGCAGCCCAGCCACCUGCAGACCCACCUCCUGACCCACCAGGGCACACGACCCCACAAGUGUGGGGUGUGCAGCAAGGCCUUCACCCAGACCAGCCACCUCAAGCGGCACAUGCUGCUGCACACCGACAUCAAGCCCUACAGCUGCCGCUUCUGCCGCCGCGGCGCGCACGAGGUGAAGCAUGAAAGCGGGCGCUGCCACGUCUGCGUGGAGUGCGGGCUGGACUUCUCCACGCUCACCCAGCUGAAGCGGCACCUCUCCACGCACCAGGGCCCCACACUCUACCAGUGCCUGGAGUGCAGCAAGUCCUUCCACUACCGCAGCCAGCUGCAGAACCACAUGCUGAAGCACCAGAACGUCCGGCCCUUCGUGUGCACCGAGUGUGGGAUGGAGUUCAGCCAGAUCCACCACCUCAAGCAGCAUUCCCUCACGCACAAGGGUGUGAAGGAGUUCAAGUGCGAGGUGUGCGGGCGGGAGUUCACCCUCCAGGCCAACAUGAAGCGGCACAUGCUGAUCCACACCAGCGUCCGCCCCUACCAGUGUCACAUCUGCUUCAAGACCUUCGUGCAGAAGCAGACGCUCAAGACCCACAUGAUUGUGCACUCGCCAGUGAAGCCAUUCAAAUGCAAGGUCUGCGGGAAGUCCUUCAACCGCAUGUACAACCUGCUGGGGCACAUGCACCUGCAUGCGGGGAGCAAGCCCUUCAAGUGCCCCUACUGCUCCAGCAAGUUCAACCUGAAGGGCAACCUCAGCCGGCACAUGAAGGUCAAGCACGGCGUGAUGGACAUCAGCCUGGACAGCCAAG